UUUUAGUUCUUGUUUGAAGCGGGCGGUGUACGGACGCUCGCGUCGCGUUAACUGUAAUAGUUAUUGUUAUAAAAUAACACAUUUGGACUGCGUUUCACGCAUCCGGACAUUUUGUAGAGUGCAAUAAUGUAUUUAAAGAGAAAAAGACACGACUAUCGGAGUGUUAUAUUAUAGCGCUAGUUUUUUUUUGUGUCGAGAUUGGACAGAAUCGCUUGCUUCUAAAAAGAUGCACAGUAGCGAGGCGCCGCCUCCGGCGACCGGCACGGGACUGCUGCUGCAGUUGGGGCGUCUGAUUGUGCGCGCGCGCAGCGCCAGCCCCUCCCAGCGCCGCCAGGAGCAGCGCCCCUCCAGCAGCCAGCAGGUGAACACCCAACCCAAGCCAAAGUCGGACGAGAUUAAGCCAGGACUUGAAGCGCAGCUCAACAACCAUGUGCAGGCUUUGUGGAACGAACAGAUACCGAUUUGCAUUGAGGUGCUGUUGGCGCCCGACUGCCCCGAGUGCUACGCGUCGCUGAGCCGCGUGGAGGAGGACGCUGUGUACGACAAGUUGCAUACGCAGCAGAAGGCUCUUCUGCUCGAGCGCUGGACCGUGCGCCCCAUCGCCAACAAAAACCACGACAGCCCAGCCGCGAUCAGUCCCCAUUGGCUGCUGAAUGCAGUUCGUUCCCAGCUCCACUUCUCCCAACUAUCAGCUUGGCGCGCCAUCAUCCACACCGAUGACAAACCUGCUGACAGGAGGCGGAAACUGAGCCGCGAGACGUGCAACUUCAAGAAGGUGGAGGCGAACUGCGACUCGGCGGAGCUGGGCGGGCGGCGGCUCAACGUGCUGUACCACAUCAAGCUGCCCGGCGAGAGCUACCACGCGGCAGAGUUCGCCCGCCCCCCCACCGACCACCAGUUCCCCGUCGCGGACAUCGGUGACAACGUACUGCUCAAGGUGCUACUGCAGAGUCUGCCCAGGCUGGACGACAUCCCUGUGGUGAAGUGCGGCUGCAAGCGGCGCGCCAGCAAGGAGCUGCCGCCUGCCGCGCACGACGAACUGCUGGGCCAGCUGCGAGACCUCAGCCUCGGCCCGCGCACCAAGUAUCCGACCGACGCCAUCAACUCUAACAUAGGAGCAAGCAACCGAAGACUAUCAAUCAUAUCGAACACAGGCACUACCGAAUACGUUUACUCGACGGACAAGGAAAAGAAGAUACUGGACGACCGCAUGCACACGCCGUGCAGCGAGAGUGGCAAGCACAAGUGUAACUGCGACGACGAGUCCGACGACCGAUCCGCCGACCGAUCCCGACCCCUUGCACACGAGACCAACAAUUUAGACGAUCGGAGGAUGAAGGAGAUAGCCAAAUACAAACGCCGUCUGCGGAAAGAGAGCAAACUGAAAAAACUAAACGAUAGCACCUCAUCCGAAGGCGACGGUCUCAAAGCUAAAGAAACCAUAUCCCACACUUCGAUACCAAUCUUACAAGCGGCAAGAUUCGAUAGAUUCAGAGCAAUAGGCUGUUUUAGAAACCAAACAUAUUUAACUUUACCUGCAAGUAGAAUAGAAAGCAGAUCUCCUUUUAUUGAAACAUUAAGUAUACCACCGACAGAGUUUAGACGUACCAAUACUGUGGGAACACAAACUGAUGAUCUUAUGUGCAAUUGUGGUAAUAAUAUGGAAAUGAAGUGUGUUAAUUGUUUGGAACGAGGUAUGGUCCGAUCUGAGGGUAUUUAUAAUCUAGCGUCUAUAGAAAAUGGUGAUAAUAAUGAGAGAAUGGUGAAAGAUAAUAUGCAAAAUGGGACUAAAAGUGCAAUGGACAAUUGUGAAGGCAAUGUGGACAAUGGAACGAGUAUAGAGAAUGGAGUCAAUCAGUCAAGUGUAGCAACAGAAAAUAGAGAAAAUGGUACGAGCAUAGAAAAUGGAGCAAAUAUGGCGAGAGUCAGAAUGGAAAAUAGGGAGAAUAGAAAGAAAACAGACAAUGGAGACAAUCAGCGGAUAGUUGAAAAUAUGGAGAAUGGAGUUAGUAUAGACAAUGGUGAUAAUCUGGGAAGAAAGAUAAAAGAAAAUAGGGAAAACGGGGAAAUUCAGAGAAUAACAAAGGAAAACGGGGAGAACGGAGCUAGGAGGAAAUGCGAGGAUGACAGCAAACAGUUAAAAAAGCUAAAAUGUGAUAAUAGCGUUAAAAUGUGUGAUAAUAUAAGUUUAGAUAAUAGUGAUAAGUGUGAGAUAAUUAAACGGCCGAAAUUAAAGCGCUUUGCGAUAACCGACCGUAUUGGGAAGGUGAUAAGUGAUAGAUUCGCGCAAAACGACAUCGAACAACUCAAUCUAGAAGCUAAUGAUACGGUGUUUUCCACGCCGAAGACAGAAGUAAAGAGGCAGAAGACGUAUUCAGUUGGGGAGGACUACGUAUUGUACGAGAAGUGUGACUACGGUACCUUUGACAAGUGCGAUGUGGAGUCCCCCAGGGAGGAUUUGGAUCAAAAUGGCUUUAAGUUCCCGGAUCAAAAGAAGACGGGACAGGAUAACCAAGUGCCUUCACCAACUGAAAUGGAUAGGUUUCGCUGGAGGUUUGACUCGGCGGCAUCUAUGGUGUUCCACAACAAGACAGGGCUCCCGCUGACCUCGAGCCCGGCCCCGCUGAGGAGAGGCAACAACUGUUUCGAUUUUGAUGAUUCCAUCAAUGGCGUCUCCGGUAUUAAGAGUGCUCUCUUCCACCCGAUCUCCCCCCCGUCGCCGGCGCCAGCGUCGCCCGUGUCCCCCGCGCGCCUCACGCCGCCGCCGCGCAAGAGUACGCCGCACAACAAGCUGCGUAUGGGACCCAGUACUGGACUACUUGGCAGCUUCGAGGAGUCGGCACUAAAGGGCCGCCUGGAGCCGGUGGCCACCGUUCACGGGUUCGCAGCUGAGCUGGGCGCCUCGGGCGCGUUCUGUCCGCCGCACCGCCGCCUGCCCGUCACCGUGUUCUUCUAUGCGCCUGGCGGCACUAACGCACCCUACAUGGGCCACAUCAACCUAGGCCCGGGCGGCUACCGCGUGUCCCGCUCGGGCACGGUGCAGGUGUCGCUGUUCAACCCGCACGGCACGCUGGUGAAGAUGUUCGUGGUGCUGUACGACCUGUCGCGCAUGCCGCCCGCCGCGCGCACGUUCCUGCGCCAGCGCACGCUGUACAUGCCGGCGCAGGCCGAGCCGCCGCAGCCGCACCACAUGCACAAGUGGCUGCGCUACCUCAUACACCUGCGGUUCAUGACAUCGAAGUCCGGCAAGCUGUACCUGCACACUGAUAUCAGGAUCCUCGUCUCCCGUAAAGCCGAUCUCGACACGGCUACGGCACAUUCCGCCCUAUUCCGCCCCGUACCCACCAAUCAGAGCGAAGACGACGCGGUCGCGUCAUCGUCGACCAAUAAAAACGGAGAAAAGAAUGAGACAAACAAAUCUGCCAUUCAGAAACCGGGAACAUCCACCAAUCGCACGCCGAACCGCGUUUUCGGCGGUUGCGGCGACUUCGAUACCGAAAUAAAGAAUGAAAUGCGCGAAAUCGGUUACGAAAAUCAAAAUGGCGUCUCAUAUGAACUGAGGAGUUUCACUUAUGCUCCAGAGAACCCCAAGUAUUCACCUCGAUAAUAUACGGUCAGUUUCAUGGACAGAGUGUUGUCGUUUUUUAGUGCCUGUCGGUGUAUGUAUUGAGUUUUUUGUGUUGAAAAUAUAUGUAUGUACUAAUGAAAAGAAUAUAUUUUUGGUUUUUAUAUA